AUGAGGACUUCACCCAACAUUAUUAUCACUGGCACACCGGGUGUUGGCAAGACAACCCAUUGUGAAGAGCUCGCAAGGAGGUCAGGCCUGAAACAUCUCUCCGUGAAUCAGGUUGUCAAGGAUCGAGAAUGUCAUGAGGGUUGGGAUGAUGAAUUUCAAAGUUGGAUCGUUGACGAGGAUAAGCUGCUGGACGCCAUCGAGGCUGAGGUUUCGAGUGGUGGGUAUAUCAUCGAUUGGCACGCCUGUGACCUCUUUCCCAAGAGCUGGAUCGACCUUGUGGUGGUCCUUCGCGUUGACUCGACUACACUCUACGAUCGUUUAACAGCGAGAAAAUACCCCGAGGCAAAGCUGCAGGAAAAUCUUGAUUCGGAGAUCAUGGAAGUUCUUCUACAGGAAGCGAGGGAUGCUUUCGACGAGGAAAUCGUGGUUGAGCUCACAAGCAACACUUCCGAUGAGAUGGAGACGAACGUCUCACGGGUUGAGGAGUGUCAAAGCGAAGUCACUGCAAGAACAGUUGGCUUCCUCUACUGCUCCAUUCUCCCUCCCCACAAGUCUCGUCCAAAUCCCGGCUGUAUCGUACGCACACGGUUCUCACUCACCAUGGCGACGCCACCGGUUGUUAACUUUAUCACUGGCAACGCCAACAAGUUGCGCGAGGUCAAGGCCAUCCUUGAACCGGCCAUCGCCGUGCAAAGUCAAGCGAUAGAUUUGGAUGAAGUCCAAGGCACUGUUGAAGAGGUCACGAUCGCGAAGUGCCGUAAGGCUGCAGACACGGUCCAGGGCCCUGUUCUAGUCGAGGACACAUGUCUUUGUUUCAAGGCUCUCAACGACCUCCCUGGUCCAUACAUCAAGUGGUUCAUGCAGUCUAUUGGGCAUCAAGGUUUAAACAAUCUCCUUGCCGCUUACUCGGAUAAGUCCGCCGACGCUGUCUGUACUUUUGCUUAUUCUCCUGGCCCUGGCCAUGAGCCAGUCCUUUUUCAAGGUCGCACCGGGGGCAAGAUUGUGCCACCCCGGGGUCCCACGGAUUUCGGCUGGGACGCUAUCUUCGAGUACGAUGGUCAAACCUACGCCGAGAUGGAUAAGACCGCGAAGAACAACAUAUCUCACCGCGGCCUCGCGCUCAAGAAGCUGCAGGAGUGGUUUGCCCAGAAGGCAGACUUAGUCUCUCAGUAG